AUGGAUAGAACUACAAAAGCUACUACACCAUCGGAAGACAGUUCACCAACAUUUUUGAAUAGUUUAGAUUUUCCACCUUUGACAGUACAGUCUCGGCCAGAUUUGAAUAUAACACCCACCAGAUCAAACAUGUCAAACAUCACUCUGCUUGUUACUGGUUCUAAAAAACGACAAAUGAAGACUGAAGAUGAAGAGAUAUCAGAUGAGGACAGUUUAUCUGGUUCUCAAAGCUCAAGAAGUGCAAGUUCCUUAAACUCUGCAUUAUCUCCAGUGAAAAAAUUCAGAAAACUUGCAUACAGAGAACCUCCACCAGUAUUGCAAUCAUUAGACUCUGAUGCAUUCAAGACUUUGCUAGAAUCACCAACUCUCAGUGACUCUCAGAACUCAGAACUUGGACUGUGUUCCUCAUCAUGGCAAAGUCAGAGAGCAUCUACAAAUAAUUCCUUUGGGGAAAGCCUUGGUAGUCUGGGAGAUAUCAUCCAGAAGUAUACUUGUACAACUUUGGAUUCUUUAAAAGGAUUUGAGACACUAGAUUCUGCCAUCAGUCCAACUGGCUGUUCAGAUUCACUAAAUCUGAAGCAGGGAGAUGAUGCUGGCAUUUGUAAGGAUACACUGCAAUCAGUAAAUGCUGCCACAGAAUUUCCAGUGAAUGUUCUUUCUUCUAAUGCUGCUGCGGGCUCUCUAGUACAAGCUAGUUUUUCACAUGGUGAAAGUAAGGUUGCUGUCAGAGAAGAAUCGCACAAAAGAAAACUCAAUGACAAGUCGACAGCUGAAGAAAGCCAGAUGAAGUUAGAUGUUAGAAAGGAAAACAGAGACACUAAUAAAAAUAAUAACGAUAAUGAUUAUUUUGAUGGAGACGAGCAGAAGGAAGAAGACCAACAUGCAACAAAUGAAUUCUUGGAGUCUGAUCUGGACCAGUACCAGAAGUGUAAAAAACGUAGACAUCAUACCAAGUUUUACUCAAUUCCCGAUUUACAGGUUAAGGAUCUCCCUGAUGAGAUACAGCAUGAAGACAGUGUGACGUUUCUGAGCUGCUUGUCGCAGCUUGUGGUCCAGAUCACUGUCCACUCAACCAGUGCUGCCCGAAAGCCCAGUGACAUGUACAGCAGCUACAUCGGUACCACACGAAAGAGGUAUGGAACUGGCUUUAUAGCAUCUGUGGAUGAUGACAUCAGGAAGUACAAGUGCAGACGAGAAGGCUGCCCCCAUGCAACAUUCUGUGAGGAUUUUAAUACUUCCUUAGAUGACAGUGCAAGUAUGGCACCACCACCAAGUUUCAGUAGAAGUGAAAGCAAUGCCAGUACCAGUUUCAACAGAAGUGUGAGUAACAUCAGCACAGCCAGCUCUUCUAGCACUGGAAGUCCAGGGCUGAAGCAUUUCUUCUACAGUGGGGUCACUAUUCAUACCAACAAACAUGUCAUUUUUGACCAGUCUGAGGCAGAAAAUGCUUACGUCAAGUUUUUCUACAACACCCCACAAGGGAAGGAAGUCAUCCAGGGCCAUGUUGCAGCCAUAAGUGGGAUCAAUAAAUCUCAGGAUCAUGUAGUUCUGCAUGUCAUGUCACAUGAGAGAGCCUUGUUCACUACCGUUAGCCUGUGCUUGCAUAAUGCAGAGGCCUGCUACAAACAAAUGCUCGAAAGCAUCAGCAGCAUUCAGCGUCCUCUUGAUCACAAGAACAAGCAUGACUGGGUGGCCAUUAUUUCCCAUCCUCAUGGCAUGUCAAAGGCUAUCAGUUUUGGACGAAUCAUCAAAGAAAUUGCUGAGUAUGCAAGAAUCAUCAAAUACUAUGAUGCUGCAACGUGCCCAGGAAGUUCAGGUGGCUUGGUCAUUACUCCAUCUUUGUUGAGGUUACAGUGGCCGGGGGCUGUUCACAGUUGUACAGACCUAAAUACUGGCUACAAUGUCACAUUUGAUUCCCGAAGUCGAGACCUUGAUCCCAAUGACACGGAUCGCAUUCAUAAAACUAUGAUUAGUAAAAAACAGGUUGAUCAAGAUAUCUUUCGGCUGUAA